CUUUCCUUGGUUUUGAAAUUACGUUAGAUAAUUCUGGAGGUGUAAUUAUGAGGCAAACCAUACAAAAUCAGUUGAUCUUCAACGCAUCAUAUAGAUUCUAUGGCCGUAUUUAAAAGUAAGUGUUGAUAAACGACCUUUCCAUGGCCUAAUGUUAGGAAUAACUAAGAAGACUUACCACUUGCUUUCAACUUAAGUUAAAGUGAUAAAAGGUGCUCUGUUUAUAUUUGAGUGGGCUCAAGGUGUUUGAUCCCAGGAUUCCGAAUCCGAACGAGCAACUGAAUGACUGAGUUCUGUUUACAGAAUAAACAGUUUUUAAACAAAACCCAAGAUCCUUCUUAAGGAAAAAGGAUUCUGUUAAAAGGCGAAAGUUUCAAAUAGAGGCAUGUUUGAAUGAGUAGCCAUUUUUAGUAUAUUAUAAUCAAGUACCCAAAUCUUUCCACUUAAUCGUCAUUUAGUAUGCAAGCGAAAAAAUCUAACAUGACUUUUCAACUAUUAUCUGAAGUGAUGGAAAUCCGCUAACCGGGAGGGUACAGGUAUUCUCCGAUCAAUUUUCGCUUAAUAGGACAUACGGUGACCUAUUAUUUUGGAAACUUACGAAAGUGUUCCGUUCUUACUCUACAGUUCCGUUCCCUCAAAAAUUCAAAUUGUUUGGUCUCAGUGAGCAAGGCCAGAAUAACAGAAAUUCGUUAGCAAAUGCCAAAUCUUUCAGUGGCCAACUUUGAACAUGUUUCACUAAAUAUGCAUUUAAAGGAGUAUAUUUUACGUCUUUUAGACAAUAUAGGCCUUGAUAAAAUCAAGGACGUCAGGUACUCUAUUGUUAUAGCAACUUGUGAUUCGGAACUGCUUUGAAAUUUGUAUGAAUAAUGAAGCAUCAAUUUUGCUAGUUAACUUCAAAUUUUCAUCUAAGUUAACUUCCGUGACAAAGCAUACAUACGGGUCUGUGCAUCAUCAAUAACUAUUUGGAAAAUAACUGGGAAGACUGUAACAAUGUUACAAACGCUCAAUUUAUCAUGCCCGGAAGUCGUAAGAACACGUGAUUUCUCCCCGCUUUUUUUCUUAACAAACCAAUCAAAAUCUUGGAAAUCUCCAUUCGCAUUUUCGAGCGAAAUUGACGAAGGCAAAUAGAAGAAGUAAUGUCGUCAAAAAUGCAGUCGCCAGAAAUUUAUCAAACACAAACUGCUGCAACACCAGAUGACAACCGAACAGAAGGGCUAGACAUUUCUUUGCAAUUUUCAGAUGAAUUAUCUGAAGGAAGUAGCUUUGAACAAGCUGAUAUUCAACCUUUACAGCAGCGUUUCCAAUCCAUCAUAUCUGAUUCACCACUUUGCCGGGACCUAGAAGGACAGGCCGACAUACAAUGGACAGAAAGACUCAGUCUUCCUCUGAGUGAUUUCGAAAAGUACGACGACGAGCCACCCAGCUGUAGCGCCUUCGAGACAAUUGUUAGUGAAGAGAUCAGCGAAGACAUUCAGGAGCUAGAAGAAACUCGUGGUUUUUGUUUUCUGGAUGAUGGGUGCAGCACUACAUCAGAAAUUCAUCAACAGCAUGAUCAACAAGACUUUGUAGAACUCGAGGGACAAGGCUCAUUAGUGGACAAAGUGACUGGACGACAAGAUGAGUCAGCGUAUGACACUUGUCUUGAAUGGCCAACUAUUCAACAAGAGGCAUCAUCGCUCAACGAAUUGUCAGAUUUCAUAGCAGAUAGCUGCAGAUUAACAAAGGAAACUUCGGUUCUCCUUAAGAUGUUGGAAGACGCCAGUUCGUCUCCAACAGUCGUUGUUUGCGUCGCCAACGAAGAUAACUCGAAAAACGUCCUCAGUUCGGUGCAGCAUCAGCUGACAACAAGCAUCGGCAACCAGUCAUUAGCUGCACCAAGAGACACACAAACCCAGAAAGAGAGCCCAAGGACUUUGCUCAAAAGAUCAAGAGAAAUGUACAGUCAUGGUACAACAGACAAUGGGCUGAGGGGUGCAGGAGUACCAAACGAUACUUAUAGAUUGGUAGAAAACCCCUUGGCUCCUUAUUCAUCCAACGUUGAUUUCAAAAACAUGAUAGCUGAACAUGCAAAUAGUUUUUUUGAGAUGGAGUAUGAGGCUAAAAUGGAAAGACAAUUUAGAAGAAAGGAGAAGAAUCGUGAAUGUAGCAGAAAUUUUAGAUACAAACAAAGAAUAAAGGAGGAUUGUUUAAAGAGAGGGAAGCUAGAAAAAGAAGUUUGCCUGCGAAGCCUGCUGUAUGAAAGAGCGAGAUUGAAGAAUGCAUUGGAAGAGUUGGCGAAGAACUGUUCAUCUUGUUACAAGGCAAUGGAAUUCUUAUCUUCAUUUACUAAUACAUGUAAUAAAGAGAAUAUGUUGACGAAGUUGCAAGAACAAACGAAACAACAGCCAAAAGCUAAGUAAUUUCUGGCUUUGUUUAAAUGAACAAUAAUUCCUUUCUUUUUGUAUCUUAUUCAGCAAUGAUAUUAUGAUUUCUAGCAAAAAGAGCAGUAAACUUACUUUAGACUAGCUUUUCUUGUAUUCAGUUUUGUAUUAACAGUGUGAAUUGAUGAGUGAUGAAUUCUUGAAUAAAAGACAAUGUACCAGACAUGCUUCUGUUGCCUGUAGUUUAUUGCUUCUUAACUGUGAUACCUGAUGAUACCGACCGAUGAAUUAUUUCUGCAAUUACAUUUUUGUUGUUUUGUGCCUGGUGUUUUCAAUUAAUUUUCAAUAAUAUAUGAUAAAGACCCAAAAGCAAAGUGUGUAUUGCCCCAGUUUCUGUUUUUAAUGAAGAAGUGCUGAUGUAGCAAAGAAUUUGAACUUAAAGUUCGGAGAAGCAGGUUGAAGUGAUAAAUCAUGUCUGGAGCUAGAUUGAAUUUAAAAAUGUAUCUAGAAAUGGUUCAAAACGUUUCCCGUAAAUUAAACUGAAAGCAAGUUUUAACCGAAGCUGAUUUAAUCGUUUUAUAUCCAUUUCAGUGGAAACAAAUCCUUGCUAGCAACUUUUAAACGAUUUAUCGAAAACUUAUCUACUAAAAUUGGGGUUACUAAAAUAAGGCCUAGCAAUAAGUGACUUCUCCGAUUAUGUCAGGUCCACUGAUACUCUUUCAUCGGGGCAGUCUACAAAAGUUGCUUGGCUUUCAGUAAUAAGAGUUUUCUUUGGCUUUUAUCUCAUUUAUAUGUCAUUGAAUUAGACUGUUGGAAGGUUUUCCAUAUUGCGAAACUUAGCAGUACUGACUGUGACUUUUAAGGAGUUUUGAAGUUCUGGCGUUUUGAUAAGCGUGAUUUAAGGCAGCAAAAUGAUGCCGAUACUGAACACCAGCAAGUUCACAUAUUCACACUUCUACCAACUCAGAUUUUUCAUUAAGAUAGCCUUGGCAUAAUUUAUUACUUGGAAAGUUUCUUAUUUAAGAGCAGGCCAGCUAUUGUGCUU